GGGACAUAUGAUUUUUGACGUUGUUAACUGUGUUUGGAAGGAACCUGUCAUUAACAUUGAAAUUUUAACUAUUAGUAUAUUUAUUAAUAUUAAAAAUUCAAAGUGUUUUCGGUUAAAAAAUAUGGCAUAGAUGAGUUACUGAUGUGAAAAAUGGCACAAAGAAGUCGACAUUCGCACCGAAAUAGUGCAAUUACGCGUUAUUUCGAAAAGGGUGAAAAGGUACUCUGCUACGAGCCAGACCCAACAAAGGCGAAAGUGUUAUACGACUCAAAGAUUUUAGGUAUCUACGAUACAAAGGAUAAGCGUGGACGAAAAGUUAUACAAUACAAAGUACACUUUCAAGGUUGGAGUAGUUCGUGGGAUCGUAAAGUGAACGCUGAUUUUGUUUUGAAGGAUACAGAGGAAAAUCGCCAGCUUCAACGAGAUUUGGCUGAAAAGGCACAGUUACAGAUUAAUGCUUUUCUGUAUCGCAAAGAGCGUACCAGUAGUAAGAAAAAACAAAACAAAUCGGUAGUACCUGUGGAAGAUGCUGCAACAGCGGGGGUCAACAUAACAACUGAUUUGCGUUCAUCCCCGAAAUUUCGUACACGCGGCUCAUCUGAAGAUAAUUUUAGUUCAAGCAGCACCUUUGAAAGGCAAGAGGAUUCUCCAAUGAAGGACGAAUGUGAAACCGAGUCGUGCUGCAGUUCUGUGGAAAGUUUUCCAGACGAAGAAAGAGUAUUGCUACGAAUAAGUGAAAGACUUCGUCAAUAUUUGGAAUAUGAUCAUGAUAUGAUCGUCAAAUAUUGCAAACAACAUGCUUUACCAGCGCGAAUACCAGUAGUGGCGAUAUUGGAGAACUUCGUUAAACAAAGUGUUGUAAAAUUGGUGUUUUCAACAACACAAGUUGAGAGCACUAGACGGCGCACCACGCAACAACGAACAAACAAAAAAGAACAUGAAUUUGACAAACUUGUGGCAACUGUUGGCUUGUUAAAAGAAGUGGCUGAUGGUCUACGCAUUUAUUUUGAUUUCACUAUCGCCGAUUAUUUGCUAUAUAAAGAGGAAAGAGAGUACGCGCUAUCCUAUUUAAGUGAGGAGAAUCUCAAAAAUUUCACAUAUGUUGCAUUGCCGGGUUUAUCGCCCGAUUUUCUGAAUCCCACUAAAACCGAAACGGAUUCAACGCAAUUACCUAUCAGUGACAGUGGCACUGAAGUGCACACUGCCGAUGCCAAUUCGACAACACCCGCCCCCACCGAUGAGCCACAAAAGCGAAAAUCUCGCAUACAUCGCAGUGAUGACUGUGAAAUGAUUGUCGAAAACUGUUUGGAGAACUGCUUGUCAAGUAUUGCCAGCACCAGUUCAGGUGCUUCAACGCCGUUACACUCGGCUGCAGCUGGCAGUGGUUCCACCGGUGUUAACUACUUGAAAUCAUUGCAGCCAAUGGCGCUCAAUAUACCUACGCAAACGAAAGAAUUUCUGCAAGGGGUUUUAUCGUGGCAUUUGCUGCCAACUGAUGCACCAGCAGCGCCAUCAAUGAUAUUUGGUGCGCCACAUUUGGCAAGGUUAAUUGUGAAAUUGCCGGAAUUUUUGAAUGCAUCGUCAAUAAACGACGACAAAUUAAAAACUUUACUACAACAUUUGGAUACUUUCGUGAAUUACCUAGAGGCAAGAAAGGAAUGGUUCAACGAAGACAAUUACGCGCGUUCAAAUGCGAUGCGUAAACGCGCCAGCUCCAGCGAUAGUACUAAACCCACUCCUGUGGAGGGGGUAAAGGAUGCACUUGAUUCGAAUACGCAAGCUGUAGCAGACGCAGCAGUAACAACAAACACAGUGACGUCAACGACGGCGCCGGCAUCGACAACAGCUGCAGCUAUUGCAACCUAAUUAACUAGAUACAUAUGUACAUAUAUGUAUGUAUGUAUGUAUAUAAUAAAUUGUUAGAAAUAAAUUACACACAAAUCAAUGUAAAUUUAGAAACAAGUUUUAUUUUACAAAACUGUGUAUCUUAACAAUUACAAGUAUUUAUUUUUCUUUUUAAUUAUAAUUUUAAAGCUUUUUAAUUUUUAUUCACAUGAAGACAUGUGUGUUAUCUAUCGUUAAUAAACUCCUCCUGAUUUUCUUUAUUUCCACAUUCCUACACACCUGCAUACAUACAUACAUGCAAGUGUUUUCAUUAUUUGUAUGUAUGUAUGUAUGUAUGCACACAACAACAAUAUCGCACAGUUUGUGUUGUUUGCCAAAAGCGUUUGUGAAAUAAAUAAGUCUUAAAAUUAUUACAAACAUGAAAUACUUUACAAUUUUAUUAUUGUUUAUUAUUACAAGUUAGUCACUGCAAAAUAGCUAGCAGCUAAGUAGAGCUUAAAUAUUAGUAAGUAAAAUGGCUUAGUUUCGUUAUUGCUAUUCGGCUUAAACUAAUAACUUAGUAGACGAUUUAGUGCAUUAGGUUUUUGUAAGAGAACAGUUAUUAUUCGUAAAUUAUUUUACUUGUGAUUUCACUCGACUCGACUCUCAUCUUUCUUCUGUUUUCAUUGAAUCCAAAACAUAAAUUUUGAUUUCAAUUGUUUGCUAAUUUUGAUUUGUUAAAAUCUGUUUUUCUUACACAUAAAUUGAUUUUGCGACAGCUGUGUGACUUGUUUUUGUUUUUUUUUUGAUAAAAAUAAAUCUAUUGUAUUUGAGUGCUCACGAGGAAGCGCAAAAUCUUGGGGUUUACGAAAAUACUGGUCAGAGUGCAUUUCGUUUUCUGACUUAUGGCGCAAAAAAUAUAUAAAAACUGCAUAAGAGUGCAUUAUGUACAUAUGUAUGCAAAAGCAUUGCUUAAAGCAUAUUUGAAUACAUACAUACAUA